AUGGCGAGUUCUACAGAUCAUAAUAGCUCGGGGAGUGUUUCUCCGGUGGUGAUGAAGUACAAAAGGAGGCGAUUUCCUGAGAUACCAGAAGAGUGUGCGGGGAAUUACUCGCCGUUCAAAAACAGUAAUGCGUAUUUCAGAAGGAAAGAACGUUCUUUGUGGCCGGCCAUGAGAAUCGGCAUGGAUCGUUGCCUGUUUGCUUUGAUCGUGGUGGCGUUUUUCUACAUGUUGGUGUUUGCAAAAUCUUCUUUGAUGAAUACUUUGCAGGACUUUAAAUCUGAGCGUGUUUUGAUUCAAGUUAUUCAACAGACGGUUGUGGAGAGAGAUGAUAGUGUGAGAAUUAAUAAAAUGGCUCUUGAAUCCACCCAGAAGAUGUUUGAGAGUUCCAACAUUUGGACCCAGUUUAGCAGCAACAACUAUUACCAAUGCAUUAACCGAUCUUGGGCUGAAAGAAGAGAGGAAGCUCUCACAAAUGGCUAUCUUAUGGUUCAUGCCAAUGGUGGCUUGAAUCAAAUGAAAACUGGAAUAAGCGACAUGGUUGCCAUAGCCAAAAUCAUGAAUGCCACCUUGGUUCUCCCUUCAUUAGAUCACAAAUCCUAUUGGACAGACACAAGCGAUUUUAAAGACAUAUUUAACUGGAGGCAUUUCAUGGAAGUAUUGAAGGAAGAUAUCAGCAUUGUGGAGACCCUCCCACCAGAACUGGAAGCAGAAAAUCACAUUCAGAUUGCCCCAGUUUCUUGGUCCAAUGCCAGUUAUUAUAGAGAUGAGAUAGCUCCACUAUUCAAGGAACACAGGAUUAUCCAGUUUACUCAUUCUAACGCUCGCCUUGUUAACAAUGGUCUUGCCGCUUCAAUCCAAAGGCUUCGUUGCCGCGCAAUGUAUCAGGCUCUCGCCUUCUCAGAGAGAAUUGUAGAGCUUGGAAACAAACUGGUUCAAAGACUAAAGAAUUUGAAUGCUCCUUAUGUUGCUCUUCAUUUGAGAUAUGAAAGGGACAUGCUUUCUUUUACAGGCUGCAGUCACAAUCUUACAGAAGCGGAAGACAAGGAGCUGCGGAUAUUGAGAUACAACACUCAACACUGGAAGGACAAAGAGAUCAACAGCACAGAGAAAAGGCUCAACGGGCUAUGCCCGAUGACCCCUCGAGAGGUUGCUGUCUUCCUCGAAGCUAUUGGAUUUCCUUUCGAUACAAACAUUUACAUAGUUGCAGGAGAGAUAUAUGGUCAAAAUGGGAUUCAAGAACUUAAAGCAAAGUAUCCAAAUGUAAUUACUCAUUACGAUUUGGCUACAGAAGAAGAAUUACAGCUCUUCAGGAAAUGCCAGAAUCAGCUUGCAGCCUUGGACUACAUUGUAGCCAUUGAAAGCGAUGUUUUUGUUUACACUUACGAUGGUAACAUGGCCAAGGCCGUAAAGGGUCACAGAGAAUUCGAAGGUUUCCGAAAAACCAUCAGCCCUGACAAAUGGAAUUUUGUGAGACUGAAUGAUCAUUACGACGAGGGCUUGCUAUCUUGGGAGCCAUUUGAAUCAAAGGUUAAGAGUUUACACGAAGAUAGGGUGGGAGCACCACGUCUAAGAACGAUUGCAGAUUCUCCAAGAAUGGAGGAGAGUUUCUAUGCAAAUCCUUAUCCUGGUUGUAUAUGUGACAAGUCCAAAAACUUACAAAUGCCAUACAGAAGGUUAUUAAGUUUAAGAAAUUGAAGUUAGUCAUCAAGUAUAAA